GAGCUUUGAAAUGAUUGGAUCUGUAAACUUUUCUUGGGAUUCCUGCCCAUUUAAGCUGCGCCCACUUUCUGUAAAGAAGCCACAUUUGAGAUUUUCUCUUUCUCUCUCUUAGCUGAACUUUAGUCUGAGAAAAAUCCUUUCUCUGUGAAUUGGGGUUAUGAAAAUGUCGAGCUUCUGAGGUUAGAGUGACAGCGCUCAAAUGGGAAGAUCUUACAUUUUACUUGACCUAUUCUAAGAAAGGGGCGAAAAAGAAAAAGAAUGUGUAAUACAGAUGCCUUCUCACAGCAGGAAAGAAGCUCGACUUUACAGCAAACCUUGUUUGCCGAUAACGUGAAAAAUCCAAUGCUAUGGGAAGGAAAAACGAGCUUAUCGUCCCAAGACAAGCAAGAUGAUGAUGAUGAUUAUGAUGAUAAUGAGCUUGUCAAAUACAUGUCCAAGUUACCCGUUUUUCUCCAGCAUAUGGAGAAGCAAAGUAAUAUUCAAGAAAAGGCUCUGAAUUUUGGGGUGCUCGAUUGGAGGCGCCUGGAGAAGUGGAAAUAUAACGAGCGGAUGCCUUCUCGUAAAUACCCUCAAAAAGCAUCAUCAAGCAGUAAGACUCGAUUAAGUCAAGACCCUAGAAAGCAGUUAGUCUCCUCAAAUUUUUGUGAAAAGAGCUCGUUUAAUUCAAGAAAUCGAGCUGUGCCUCGUGUUUCGCAAUUUGAUUCGCCUAAUGAAGAAAGAAAUGUGCGUUAUCAUCAUAAGGGUGGUGAAAAAUAUGCCGAGCUUGUUGGAUUAAAUAAAGGAAAGGAAAUGAGAUGCUACCAAGAAUAUGAAAAUGGUAGACUUCAAGACAAUUUUCAUCACAGAGCAAAGUCUUACGAGGAUCCGAAAAAGGAGAUGAUGUCAAAAGAAGAAAAUUUGCUAAACAAUAGUUAUGCUCUGCUAGGGAACAGGGAAAUAAAACUUACACCCAAAUGCCAGCUGGAAUCGGAAAAUAUCGUGCUGUUAAAACCGGAUCACUUUCAAAGAGGUAGCUUCGAGAGCUCUCGGUUUACAGAACCUAGGAUAUCGCUCGAUGGAGAAUUCGCAGAAAUUGUGGGGCCCAGAUUAUCUGAUUUCUUUUGUCCCCAAGAGCUUAAGUCUAGUGAUUUUUCAGUUUCGAAUGCUCAUGACUCAUAUAAUAAUCCAUUGACUUCUGAAUCAAUUGAUGUAUCUGAAAGUAAAUAUUCGUUGGUGCAAGAAGAAAACGGUAUCCCAUCAUCUUUUCUUGAGUCUUCUGACAAAAAUCGAGCCGCAAUUGCUGAAAAUCGCCGGUUUAGCUUCCACCGGGGCAAGACAAGCAAAAGUCAUAGCUUCAAGGAUAACUCAGAAGUACCCCAUUUGAGCUCAGUGAGGCCCAAAACUUCAUUCGGCGCAAUUAACUUAAAAAAUGACCCAGCAAAUGGCUGCAGCCGAGCGAGGUCCAGCCCAUUAAGGAGAUUGCUGGACCCACUUCUGAAGCACAAAGAGGCCCACACAGCCGAGACUGUUUCAACGGGCUCCAAGGGCCCGUAUCAAGAUAUGAAGCCUGAGAGGCCGACUAAUUUACAGGCCCUUCUGCAGCUAACUUUGAAAAACGGGCUCCCUUUCUUUAAACUUGUGGUCAAUAGUAACAAUGACAUGCUAGCUGCUACAGUGAAGAGGCUACCUGCAUGUGGAAAGAGUGAUUCUUGCUUGAUUUACACAUUCUACUCUGUCCAAGAGAUUAAGAAAAAGGGCACGAGCUGGAUAAAUCAAGGUUCGAAGAGUAAAAGCUCUAAUCUUGGGUAUAAAAUUGUUGGUCAAAUGAAGAUUUCGAGCUCCGGCAAAAAAUGCAAUUUAAUAAGGGAAUGCGUACUUUACGGUGUUGAUGAUCGAGACGAGCAGGCACUUGAGAAUGAACCAAAAAAGGAACUUGCAGCUGUUAUUGUGGGAAAUCCGAGUAAAAUGGAGAAUAAAAACGAUAGGGGCGUUGUUGUAAUUCUUCCGGGUGGUGUUCAUGGCUUGCCGAUCAAAGGCACAUUCUCAUCGUUGAUUAGCAGAUGGAGAUUUGGUGGGUCGUGUGAUUGUGGAGGUUGGGAUGUUGGCUGUAAGCUGCGUGUACUUGUUGACUGUAAGAAGAGAAGCUCAAGCGAUAGUAUUGAUCAUGUCAAUCUUUAUGUGGAGGAUGGAGAAAAAGGGAACGGGCCCGUUUUCACGAUGAAACCAUUUAAAAACGGGUACUACUCGAUCGAGCUUGAUUCAUCGAUUUCCUUGCUUGAGGCAUUUGCCACAUGUGUGGCGAAAGUCACCUGUUUGAAAUUCCCCGACAUUACAGACAGCAAAGACCCGAAUCAAGAACAUUUUGCAGAGUCCAUAACUGGGUCAAGAACAUUAUCUCCUGCUGGAAGGAUUUAAAAAUGGGCAAGCAUUCGAAAGUUUGAUUUUUCGAGUGGCUGAAGCUGCAUUUAUAUCUCCAAGAGACUUGUGUUGUUGCCAACUCUUCAUCACGUAAAGAUGUUUGCUGUGCAGAAUAGUUAUGGGAUCUAUUGUAAUAUUCUUUGCAUCUGGCGAAUUUUUAGCUGUAAAUUAGAUUUUGUUGCAAUCAGUUUUGUCUGAGACCUAUUAUUAGUGUAUGAUGGUUAUAGCCUUCCAGAUAAUCGUAUUCUAAAGACAUCAAUCGACAGCAUAUGUUGUAGCCUUCCAAAUAGGGCUGCAAACGAAUCGAGCAGCUCGAGUUAGUGCUCGACUCAAGCUUGGUCAAACUCGAGCUCGAGCAAACAAGUCGAGCCUCGAGCAUCA